ACACCGACCCAAAGUUUAAUCAGACCAUGUACAAGUGCACAAUCUGACAAUCUUAUAGGUUCACCAAUAAACAUCUUAAAAUAGCCAUUCGUACCCCUAUUUUUUUGUUGGGUUUGUGGAGGCUUGGGCUUGAUUUGUAGGCCCGGCCCGUUUGUUGUAACCCUAGUUGCGCUCUUCCUAUAUAUAUUGCAUACUUGUACUUGUAAUCGGCACCACAAGUGAAAUAAGAAAAUCCUCCUGUUGCAGCCGUGGAUUAGGGAAAACGAACCAUGUUAAAUUCUUGUGUGUCGUUUGUGUUCCGUUUCUCUCUUUUCUCGCAGAUAUUUGUGUGUGUUGUGUGUUGUGUUUUAUUCCCAACAAGUGGUAUCGGAGCCAGGUUUGUUCAACACGAACACAAAUUGCGAGUUGUCACCUAGGUUUUUUUGGGAUCUGUGUGCGUGCGCAGCCGCCUGGAGUUUUCCGCUGGAGAUCUGAACGAGUCCGUUCGCGCGCAGAGGAGAUCUCAAAAUUGUCAAUUUGAUCUCGCCCUGCCGCCGAAGAGCGUGUGAGGAAGAAGAUUCGCGGCCAGCGAAUCAGCGUGGCCGCAAAGGGCACAGCAGCCGCGUCGAAGCAGCGGAGCGCCACCGCCAAGUUUAAGGAGCCACCGCCGUCCUCAGUUGACGCCUCUGUCGUUUGAGAUGGCAGAAGAUGGAAAGUUCCGAAUUGAGAAGUUCGAUGGUACAGAUUUCAGUUGGUGGAAGAUGCAAAUUGAAGAUUUGCUGGUUCAGAAAGAUUUGGACGUGGUUUUGGGUGACAAGCCAGAAAAGUUGUCAGAUGCAGAUUGGGCAGGUUUGGAUCGGAAAGCUAUGUCCGUGAUCCGUUUCUCGUUGACCAAAAAUGUUGCGUUCAACAUUCUGAAGGAGAAGACAGCGAAAGGAAUUAUGGAAACGUUGUCUAACAUGUACGAGAAGCCAUCUGCAGCGAACAAAGUUUUUCUGAUUAGAGAGCUGGUGAACACAAGAAUGAAAGAAGGCACUUCAGUUACCGAGCAUAUCAACAAGUUGAAUUCGAUCUUAGCCAGACUUUUUUCAGUGGGCAUUAAGUUCGAUGAUGAAGUUCAAGCUUUACUACUACUAUCGUAUUUACCUGAUAGUUGGUCCAAAACGGUUAUAGCGGUUACCGGUUCAGUGGGACCUGAUGGAUUCACCUUUGAUCAGAUUCGAGAUCUCGUUCUUGGCGAGGAUGUCAGAAGAAAGAGUUCAGGAGAGUCAUCUGGUGAGUUGCAUCAUGUUGGCAGAGGCAGAAGGAUUAGCAAAGGUAGUGGGAGCAGGAACAGACAAAGGAGUCAGUCGAAGACUCGUGACAGCUCAGGUGUAACGUGCUGGAAGUGCAAGGAGGUGGGGCAUUUUAGGAAUCAAUGUCCGAAUGACAAGAAAGUGAACAUUGCUGAAGGCUCCGCGAGUGAUGAAGAGGUCCUUCUAACUUGUUAUGCAGAGAGCAGUGUGGAUUCCUGGGUCAUGGAUUCUGGUGCUUCAUUUCAUGCCACCCACAGCGGUGAAGCAUUGCAGAAUCUGGUUGUUGGGGACUUUGGAAAGGUACGACUAGCAGACGACAGAGCUCUUGAGUUCAGAGAUGGGCAGUGGAAGGUCGUGAAGGGAAAUCUUGUCAUGGCCCGCGGAAGGAAGAGUGGUUCGUUGUACAUGGUCGGGUUACCGUCUGAGGGAGUGACCGUCCCAGUUCAGAAGAGAAACAAAGUCUGGUUCACAGAGUCUCGUGGGCAGAAUAAGGUUGUAUAUGCAAGAGAGAAACCUAGAGCCACAGGUCAGACUCAGGAUGAACGAGCGAGGAAAGGUUCAAGGGGGCCAGUCAGAGGUAGUCAACACUUUGUGAAGUAUGGUGCGGGAACAGGACUUGAGGAGAUCGGUGGUCUAGCGGGGUGGAAAACUGCCAUUUAUGUCUUGUGUCGAAAGUCUUCCCGGCAAGAAGAGGUCGGGCGGCGUGUCCCGCAGCUUCAGAUAGCGGAACUUGUUUGCAGCGAGUAUCUGGUAAUUAUGGCAUUGGUUUUGGAUAAUUUGGUCAACACUGUGCUGAGAUUAGGUGCGCAUAUAUCGGACGACGAUCAGGGCUCCGUACAUUCCAUUACUUUAUUCAUAUCACUACUCUGCGCCUGCAUUGUCAUUGGUCAUCUUGUUGAAGAGACUCGGUGGAUUAAUGAGUCCGUUACUGCCCUUUUUAUGGGUUUAUGCGCUGGAGGAAUCAUUCUACUGACUAGUAAACGAAAGAGUUCUCGUAUACUGGAAUUCAAUGAAGAACUCUUCUUCAUAUAUCUUCUACCACCUAUUGUAUUUAAUGCUGGGUUCCAGGUGAAAAAGAAGCAAUUUUUCCAAAAUAUCACCAUCAUUAUGCUGUUUGGUGCCAUUGGUACCCUAGUAUCCUUCUGUAUUAUUUCAUUGGGUGCCAAAGAGUUAUUUCAAAAGAUGGACAUUGGUUAUUUGGAGCUACGUGAUUAUCUUGCUAUUGGAGCUAUCUUCUCAGCAACAGAUUCUGUUUGCACCUUGCAGGUGCUCAAUCAGGAUGAAACACCCUUGCUGUAUAGUUUAGUUUUUGGAGAAAGUGUUGUAAAUGACGCAACUUCUGUUGUACUUUUUAAUGCCAUCCAAAAAGUUGACCUCUCUAACAUUGACUUUAAGGCGACCUUAAAGUUGACUGGCAAUUUUCUGUAUUUAUUUACAGCAAGUACUCUUCUAGGAGUUCUGGUUGGGUUGCUAAGCGCGUACAUAAUCAAGAGGAUAUAUUUUGGCAGGCACUCAACUGAUCGCGAAAUUGCGCUCAUGAUUCUCUUGGCUUACCUUUCAUAUAUGCUGGCUGAACUAUUUGACUUGAGUGGAAUUCUCACUGUAUUCUUUUGCGGGAUCGUCAUGUCACAUUAUACUUGGCACAAUGUGACCACAAGUUCUAAAUUGACAACAAGGCAUGCUUUUGCAACGUUAUCAUUUAUUGCUGAAACAUUCAUCUUUCUAUAUGUUGGUAUGGAUGCUUUGGACAUGGAGAAGUGGAAGCUUAUUAGUGACACUCCCGGAAGUUAUGUUGGAGUAAGUGUUGGGCUACUCGGACUUGUAUUGGUUGGAAGAGCAUGCUUUGUCUUUUUACUAUCCCUCAUAUCUAAUUGCACAAAGCAGUCGAAGAAUGACAGAAUUAAUUUCAAGCAGCAGGUAGUAAUUUGGUGGGCUGGUUUGAUGCGAGGAGCAGUUUCUAUGGCAUUGGCUUAUAAUCAGUUCACUCGGUUUGGCCAUACACAACAGCCAGGGAAUGCUAUCAUGAUCACUAGCACCAUCACUAUCGUCCUCUUUAGCACAGUGGUCUUCGGGCUGCUGACCAAGCCUCUUGUGAGGUGCUUGUUGUGGAGCUCAUUUUCUUCUGAAGCAUCGGUUGUGCUCCCGCUAUUAAGCUCUGCACAUCUAUCAGACACUGUGCAUGAGAUGGGCAGUGGGAGUAUUCAUCGACGACCAAGUUUUUGCAUGUUUCUGAGCCAACCUACUAACAUAAUUCACUACUACUGGAGGAAGUUUGAUGAUUCGUGCAUGCGGCCUGUGUUUGGAGGGAGGGGAUAUGUAUCCAGCGAUCUUGGCUCUCCGAAGGAAGAUAUCGUUCACUAACCACUUUCAGAAAGCAACAACCUGCUAAAACUGUGUUCGUGUUGCUCUCAGAAGGAUAUGCAUAUGCAGCUCACAAUAUAUAUGUAUAUAUUGAUUGACAGACAUGUUUGUGUUGCUCUUCAUUUGUAUAUAUUGACAGAAUUAGGUCACAUUAUAU